AGCAGGACGAUCCAUUUGUAUCGAGCUUGAACGCAAAACUUAGGCACUUAGACAGAAGCAAAUCUGGAAAGUUUUUUAGGAUGUAUGCAUAUAGGAAAGCCAUGCCAAAGUUGAACAAGCACUUGGACGACAAAUGGGUCAAACACUGUCAAAAGCUGCAUAAGCAACGUCUUAAACAGAUCAAGCCGGCCGUCGACAACAAACCUCCACCUAAGUACAUCCACCUCGUCCAAAACCUCAAGAAACAGCAAAUGGACGAAGAACGCUACAGUCAGAUUGAGCGCGACAACUACUUGCUGCUAGACAAGAUGUCAUACAUUAUGACGCACCCUCAGCUUCUCGACGAGAAGUACAUGGGCCCCCCAGUCACCUACGGCAAGAGUCUGAACAAGGAGUAUCGGAAGAGAGAGCUCAUGCGCAUUACCGAGGAGAAUCUGCAGAUCUUACGCAGAAUCCAGCACAAGGAGCCACACUAUUCACAUCUUGAAUGGGAGGAGAAAGCGAGAAGAGAUGAGGAGUAUCUGAAGAACUGCGCUGAGUACCCUAUUGUGUUGCCUGCUAUCAAGUCUGCAAGAGGAUCGCCCAAGUGGCGGUACACAAGUCGGAGCAAUGAGCCAUCCUUCACAAAGGCCACCCCUGCUCCUCUUCAGGUCCGGGUGAAGGGAGGAGGACAAACGCAGCAGAGCCAGCAGGAGGGAGAGAUAGACUACUUGGACAACAUGGACGAGCCUGUUCAGCCCAACCAGGAAUCGUUUGCGUCAGAGCGAGAAGAACUACAAAGUCGAGGAAGCUCGCGCGAGGCCAAGGUUCAGGUAGGGCGAUGGAGUUUGAAGAGGAGGGGCAGGGGCUGAAACUUUACAGCAAUCGAUGCCCAAGGUGGAGGAAGUCUCGGAAGAAGCGGAGGAGACGGAGGAGUAAGACCAGGGAAGGCAGACUAACUUAACGGAAGACUCCCAGAACUCGUCGCAGGGAGCUGCUGGCGAGAUUGUAGGACUACCAUAGAGACCGAGAGCAAGGAGAGGAGACGUGAUAGAGGAGUUGAGGGCACAGCUGAAGAGAGGAGUGAGGGACAUACCGUACUUUAUAACUUGAGAAAAUUGGCACCUUUUAAGAAAAGUUCUAGUUGUCGUUUCUUCAUUUGUACUAUCCUUUUUGAAGUGCGAAAUCAUG